AGAAACCCCAUGACCCACCCCCCACCCCUCCACCAUUCAUUCAUUUAAACAAACCCCAAUUCUCUUCCUAUUUCUUUAGGGUUUCUUUCUAUUUCCACAAGUGCAAUUGUUUCAAGUCCCAAUGUUUUGUCUACUAUUGAUUAGUUAAUAAUAAGUAUGCCCUUUGUUUGUUGAUAAAUAAAUCCCAGAUCAACUUGUUUCUUAUUAAUAUGCCCACCAGUUGUUUGAUGAAAUGCCUCACAGACUACUUAAUUUCUUACUUUACUCAUUUCUUUUACAUGGAUUCCAUUACAGGCUUUAAAAGGCUGUAAAGCUAGUUCUCUCUCUCUCUCUCUCUCUCUGGGAAUUGACAGGUGAAAACACUAGCUAAACAUCUGUAGAAAUCACCAAACUUGUGCUGUUUUUGAUCAAUGGAUUGCAGAGAGAAAUAAGAAGUUACAAAACAGGAAAAAGACCCAAAAAAAGUGAAAGAGUCAAAAGAUUUAAAGAAAGUGAAAGGGGUCUGUUUGUUUGUUUGUUUGUUUAUCAAUUAUGGACUGGAACUUGAAGAUGCCACCUUGUUGGGAUUUCACAGAAUAUGAACAGGGAACAAUUCCCAACAUUGAUUUGACCAGUGGGUCAACUAGUUAUGAACAUAAAGCCCAUUUUUCUGUGGAUUUAAAACUUGGUCAAGUUAUUGAUUCAGGAAGUGAGUUCAAGGGUUCAGGUUCAGUUUCAGUUUCAGGUUCAAAAAUGGUGUUGUCGCCUUCCGGGUCAUCGAAACGAGCCCGACCCGUUAAUAACUCGGUUCAGGGGGCUGUUUGUCUUGUGGAUGGGUGCAAAGCAGACCUUAGUAACUGCAAGGAGUAUCAUAGGCGCCAUAAGGUCUGUGAAAUCCAUUCCAAGACUCCACAGGUUUCCAUUAAUGGCCAAAAGCAACGGUUUUGCCAGCAAUGCAGUCGGUUUCAUUCACUAGAGGAAUUUGAUGACGGAAAACGAAGCUGCCGAAAACGUCUCGAUGGCCAUAAUCGUAGGAGACGAAAACCUCAACCUGAUACCUCGCGUGCUGCAACUCUUUUCUCCACUCAUCAAGGUACCACAAUGUUACAAUUCUCAAGUCCACAUGUGUACCAAACCGCAACUCUCACAGGCCCUCUAUGGACCGGAAUGGUCAAGUCUGAAGAAGAACCUGCAUACUCAACCCGGGUCCACAAACAAAACCCGUUUCCGGAAUCAUCUUCAGGUAUUAAAAAACCAACCAGAGAGCAACGACAACAACGGUUCAGUCUGUUUCACGAUGGUUCGGGUUCACACCUUAAACUCAACCACAAGACAUCACAGCCAAAAGUCAGUCAACAGCAACUACCUAAUUUUGAGGUUAAUAAUAGUAAUAAUAACAACUAUGAUAAGCUGUUUUGUAACGGGUAUCCCCCACCGGCUCGGUUGGUGCAAUCGGACUGUGCUCUCUCUCUUCUGUCAUCAUCACCGUCACAAACAUCUUGUACAACGCUGAGCCAUGUGAUGCACCCACCUAACUCAUUUACUGCAACACCUAACCCGUUGGAUCCGGGUGCAGGUUAUGGUGGUGGGCUUGAUUCGAUUAUGGGUCAUCAUAACCAUUACCAUAACCAUCAUCAUCAUGUAUCUCCUGAUGAUGGUGCUCCUCAAACACUUCCUUUCUACUGGGAAUAAGUAGAGUUAUUGAAAAUUCUAUUUGCUUGUAAUUUGAAUGGGAGUUUGUUAGAUUAGAUUAGAUUUGGUUUGUUUUGAUUUAUUUUUAGUUUGUAGUUGGUGUGUUUAUUCUUUGCUAUGCUAGAAAUGUUUUGGUU